GUUCUGAGAUGACCGGCAUCCGAGGCUCCGAAAAUUGCCAUGGCCACGGCCAAAAUGAUCCAAACCUAAUUUUUGAAUCAGAAAACUCCGUUUCCUUUCUCGGAGUUCCGUCUGCUACAGAAGCUGAAACGAACAUUUGAAUUGAAAGUGUAUUGGGGUUGAGACUUGUCGCUGGAGAUGUGACGUGGUGAUGGAAUUCCGGCAUUCGUUCGUGAGUCAAUCAAAGAAAUAUCAAUGGGCUAUAAACAGCAUGGAUGGAGCCCAGUUCCUUGAAAUAUGUCAUCAACCAAGUGAGGUUACUGCAUUCGAGUUCUUCGUUGUAAACCAGUUGACACAUCAUAAUAAUCAAGAGCAAGAUAAACAUCGGGAAAACCGUCACGAAAAGAGAUGCCACGCCGAUAAUCAAGAAAACUUGGACGACUUUUCUCACCACCGUCUUUUGUUCACGUCACGGUGUAGGAUAACACGGGAGGUCUACGCCAAGUUGGAAAAUUAUGCGCUGGACCUUUUUUGUCAUCGACUCUGAGGAAUUUGUUCGAUUAAUCUGAUAGAUUGAGCAUCUGAAAUUGUUAUUGACUGCUGGGAAAUAGGUGAACAAUGAGCUCCGCGUAUUUAACUAUAAAUGGAAUCUGCUCGAAAAUCGGUUUCCUUUCUCUUUCGUGACGUGUUGGUUGGAGACCUUUACAAUUAUUACACCGACAAAAUUUUUAAAAGUAGCAUUCUGGUACCGAGCGAGUGCAUUCAUAUCGAUCAGAAAACCAUUCCCGAAACGGAGCGCUACUUUUUCUUCAACCAACCGGCCACGUUCAAAUCGUCUUGGCUGGGCUCGACCAACUCAAAAUUGAAUGAGAGUCUUGAACAAGACGCUGUCGACUUGAACCUCCUCUGGUUCUCCAACUUUCUAAAAACUAGUCCAGGGUGUUGUGAAAGCGACGAGAAUGAAGCUCUAGUCGUCGUCUUUUUCAGGGUCGUUCGCAGGACCGAAACUCUCGAUCAACAAUUCCUCGACUCGAAAAUGUACGACUAUCAGCUGGAGAGCGGCGGAUGGGCCACCCAUUUGGUGGAACACGUCGUCUACGGAGCAGAGCUCAUUUGCUCCAUGAGCAGACCUGUCGACUGGUGUCGAGAAACCAAGCACAGCGCCGAGGAAAACAUUUACUUACUGGCCAAAGCUUAUUUCGAUCGAAUUAUCGGACCCAAUGCCAUCAACAUCGAGCCGCCAGCUGAACUAGACAAAAUCUCUUGUCGAAUCCUCAGCAGCCUGGAAGAUGUCCAACCGACAGAGACUUCGUUCCGACAAUCCUGCGAGUUCCUGAGAGACGUCAUCAAUUUUAAAGAAGAUAAUCAGCCCACCAAAUUAUGGCGUCCCAUCUACAUCGUCCGCCGUCAAAUCCCCAAACAGAUUGAAACUCGGAUUUUACUGGACAAGAUUAUGGAUGACAAGUUAAAAAUUGAACGGAAGCUGCACUGGAUCUUGUCUGAGAGUCGCAGGAUAUCCAAGCAUCCGUUCCUGACUCGGAUCCCGCCAAUGGAAAGAGCCAUUUAUCAGUUCAUCAGUUUACUCCAGCGGACAGAGAGCGAGAUCCUGAAGUUUGACGUCAAUCUCAUCGCCAGAAAGUGUUUGGAAAACCCCCAAGGCCCCCAGCAAGAUAAAAUCACCAACGACUUGAAAGCAGUUUCCGAUUGUGCUCUCUUGUCCAACAUGAUCGACUGGUUGAUGAGACGGCGGAGUGAAAUCGAUACGAUUCACAUGCUCUUUAGAGACACUCUGCUGGACAUAUUCGACCUGGAGGACAUUGAAACUCGGCCGCCGUCUAAUUUUGAUAAACGCGCCAGGAUAUUCAUCUUGAAAAUUGAUUACAUUCCAGAUCCGCUGAUGGAGUGCAUCCAGGAUUUGACUGGUGUUAGUAUAGAGCCGGUGUUCAAACUCCCCGUUUUUCCCGCCGUUUCAUCCGGAAGGAAACGUCUUAGUGUGAUGAGAAGGGCGUUUGUUGAGUUCACGGAAGAGGCUCGAUGGGGCUCGAAUGAGAAGAAUUCCUACCACAUAGGACUGGCUCCGGCUUCUUUGCCGAUGGAAGACGGAACUAUCAAGACUAUUUUGUAUCCUGCCGUCCAGCAGCAGGCUUCACCCCGAGUGUGUCUGCCGGUGUAUUGUUCUGGUGUAGUUGAACCGGACAAAAGUAACCCGAUUAAACAACAGCAGCAAUUAAGUCCACCCAACGGUUUGUCGCAUCGUUCUAAUGGUUCCAUCAAACCACCCACUGAUUCAAAUCUAAGUCAUCAGAAAAAUAUUGAAAAGGUUAAUGGAGACAGCAGUCCUGUGGACGACGAGGAGUCAUUUUUCAAUUUGAUCGCUCAGUUCCAGUCACAACGCAUGAACGAUCAACGAUGUUCUUUUGCUCUUCCUAGCAACAAUCACAAGAUAUGACACGAAACGAAAAGCUCCCGAUCAGAUGAGAUGUAAAGUGAUAAUCCAGUCAAACGGCCCUCUUGUCUUAUAUUAAACUAUUCUAGGAACAUGAGUUGAAUUCUUACAAAUGGAUAACUUAAUUUUUAAAAUAAAUUAUGUACCGUGUUAAUGAGAAACAAUUUUGUAAAUAACAGGUAAAUAGUCUCAGACUGCUCAGCGGACAAAUCUAUCCAGUCAUUUGC